GUGUCACAGCUUGUUACGGCAGCAGCGUUGCCAUUGGUAACGCGUUUUAGCUUGUUGUCAAGUGUUGCAUAGGACGUUUAUAGCUAAUAUUCGCGUUAAAAGGGCUGUUUGGUGGCGUAGUCCAACAUAUACAGACAGCGAGUGGCCUCCGCUCAGCAGAGUCUGAUACAAACGAUAUUUAUUCACCACAGUGACGUUAGACAGUUGGCGUGCGGAUAAAUCGUGUUAGCCAAUUAGCCUGCUAUCUAACGUUAGCACGCCGAGCUAAUCUCCUUGCCUUAGAUAGUUAAUCCCAGUCUCACUUAACAGUUAACAUCGUCUUGCAAUUCGGAUGGAAAAUUUGACCAACAAGUUGUGAAUGGCAGAUGUGUGUGUGGCAGACUGCAACUACUGAUCCCUGCGGUUUUAUGACCGCAUAACCUACCUGGGAGAUUUGCACCAUACCUUUUCAACCUCUAACAUAAGAUCCAGGGGAGAAAGAAGAUGGAGAUCCACCUCAAUCGAGUCGAUUACAUGCAGGUUGGUGUGACCUCCCAGAAAACUAUGAGGCUGCUUCCGGCCUUGGGGAAAAAGGCAACCCAAAAGGUUGCUAUUGCUGAUCAUGAUGGUAUACUGACAUGUUUUGGGAUGAAGAAAGGAGAAGCAGUGCCAGUGUUUAAAACACUUCCAGGGCAGAAGAUAGCCAGAAUGGACCUUGGAGGAGCAGCGGGAACUCCACAGGAGAAGAUCUUUGUUUGUUCUGGUUCUCAGGUCCGAGGAUUCACAAAGAAAGGCAAACAGUUCCUCACAUUUGACGCCAACCUCACUGAGAGCAUCAACGCCAUGCAUGUCUCUGGCGCUGACCUUUUUGUGUGUGCCAGUUACAUCUACAACCACUACUGUGACUGCAAGGACCAAGACUACUACCUCUCUGGAGACAAAAUCAAUGACAUCACAUGUCUGUCCUCCGAGAACCUGACUCGCCUCAUCCCAGUCCUGGCGUGCCAAGAUCGAGUUCUCAGAGUCUUGCAGGGAUCUGAACUUGCCUAUGACAUUGAAGUCCCUGGCCCUCCAUCUGUCUUAGAACAGUUCAACAAAGAUGGAGGGGAGGAAAUCCUCUAUGGAACGUCAGAUGGCAAAAUAGGAUUGGUCCAAAUCGGUGAGGAUUCAGCUGCGACCAAAUGGGAGCUCGACAAUGGCAAAAAGAAAGGAGGAAUUCUUUGCAUUGACACUUAUGACAUCAUUGGAGACGGAGUGAAUGACAUCCUGGUGGGCAGGGACGAUGGAACGGUUGAGGUCUAUGGUUUCGACAGCGCCAGUGAGCCCACAUUACGCUUUGAGCAUGUUUUGUCAGAGAGCGUGACUUCCAUCCAGGGUGGCUGCGUGGGGAAGGAGUCUUAUGAUGAGGUCCUGACUGCCACUUACACAGGAUGGGUGACUGGUUUGACCACUGAGCCCCAGAAGGCUGAGGUUGGCCCCGGAGACGAGGUCAGGAUGAGUAAGGAGACGCAGUCUAAAGUAGAAGCACUCAGGGCAGAGCUGGAGCAGCUGCAGGUCAAAGUCCUACAGGGCCGUGAGCAGUACCAGCAGACAUCCCAGUCGAGCACAGCCGUCUCCGCUGUGCCCGUCUUUAGCAUCAAUGACAAGUUCACCCUCUGCCAGGACGAUGCCAGCUACAGCCUCACUCUUGAGGUCCAGACUGCCAUCGACAAUCUGCUGCUCCAGAGUGACGUCCCCAUAGACCUGCUGGAUGUGGAUAAGAACUCAGCUGUGGUCAGUUUCAGUGAAUGUGAUUCAGAGCAGCCUAAUGGGAAUUUCCUCUUGGCUACGUACAGAUGUCAGGCUAACACUACCAGACUAGAGCUCAAGGUGAGAUCCAUCGAGGGACAGUAUGGGACCCUGCAGGCUUAUAUUACCCCCAGACUGCAACCCAAGACAUGCCAGGUCCGCCAGUACCAGAUUAAACCUCUGUCCCUCCACCAGCGGACACACAGCAUAGACCAAGACAGGCCCAUGAACAGGCUCAGUCUGGUGGGGCAGUUUAGUUUUGCUGAGAUCCACUCCUGGGUGGUCUUCUGUUUGCCAGAGGUGCCUGAGAAAACACCAGCAGGAGAGAGCAUCACUUUCUAUUUCCACAACACUUUUCUUGGGACACAGCUUGAAGCCACCUACUGCAAAGGGGAGGGUCACUUCAGGUCAGACAACAUCUCUACCAUCUCCAUACUGAGUGAUGUUCUCUCUAAAGAAGCUACCAAGAGGAAAAUCAAUCUGAACAUUUCAUAUGAUAUUAAUGAUGACUCUGUGAGCCACACCCUGAAGAUGAUACAUCCAAAGCUGGAGUACCAGCUGUUGUUGGCCAGAAAGGUUCAGCUUAUCGAUGCACUCAAAGAGCUUCAGGUUCAUGAGGGGAACGCUGACUUCCUCAUCCCAGAGUAUCGCAACAUCUUGGAUGAUUCCACUAAUCUCCUCGAGGAGUACAAGAAGCAGCCGGCGCACCUGGAGCGGCUUUAUGGAAUGAUCACAGAUCUCUUCAUUGAUAAAUUCAAGUUCAAAGGCCAGAAUGUAAAGACCAAGGUGUCCUCAUUGCUGGAGAUACUCGAUAAUUAUGACUUGAAUUCUCUGUUAAACUUUUUCAGCGAGGUAUGAUAUCAGGUAGAUAAGAGGGUAUUUAUUUACAUGUCUUUGAGGGUCUUUUUUUGUAUUGUAAAUACAAACAUUUUGUUUUAUGAUAGUUACUAGCAGUGUCUGUCAUAUUGUCAUACUGUCAUUUAGAUACUGUCUGUUUGUUCUGUGGUGUGCAAUAUUUAAAUAUACACUAUGUCUUUUGAUAGCAUCUAAAAACAAGAGUGGUGAUUAAUAAACCAAAUUAAGGUUGCCAGAAUAGUGGAGGUUCCUUUUUUUUAUUAGUGGCUAAGCUUUGGUUGUGGAGUUUCAGUGACCAAAUAUAAGGUUAGUUAAAAGCACACAUAAUGUAUGUUUAUAUAUUAUAAUUACCAUAGAAUGUGCGUUCCUCCUCUUGAAAUAAAAAUGAGAGAUUAUUUGUAA